GUUUGCUUGAAGAAGAAGUGACAUCAUGAACUCGUGAAUUGCAUUCCUUUUUUUGGCAUACUUUGUCUAUCUUUUCUUUGCUCUCCCCUCUCUCAUUUAACUCCCUCGAUCAACCAGUACUUCUAAAAAAAUCCCCACAAACGUCCAUCAUCCUCCGCAUGUCUCCACCCUCCCAUGGCUCUUCGUCCAUCUUUCAUUCUUGCUCCGAGUUUGUUCUUUUCCAAUUUCUUCAUGUCCGCAACGUCAAUUUCGUCCUCGAUUCUUUCCUCGUCAAUUUCCUCCUCGCCUCGUCCUCAAUUUUUUCCUCCUCGAUUUCGUCCUCCUCAGUUUUGUCCUCCUCAUCCUACUUUUGAUAGAAUUUUUCACCUCUUUGCUGACUUUCGUACCUCUACGCACUCGUCCUUCCUCUUGUCCAGCAUCCCCUGUGCUUCUCUUUGCCCCUUCUCGACGACUUAUUCUCCUCAACGCGGUUAUUAGAGACAGUGUUGUUGUCAUGAGGGUUUACGGGCAUUGUAUUUAGAUGGUUGGGUUGCAUUGUGCUGCUGUCUU